UUUAGAUUGGAGAGUUAUUCACUUAUCAAGCUUUUGGUGCAUUAUAUAGUGGUUUUUUUCUUGUCAGCAAGGUGCAAAAGAAUCAUGACAGACUUCCCUCCAAACCCAGAAGAUGGAGAGCUUUGGUUACCUUCUGAUGUCUUUCAUGAAAUUGCUUAUUCAAAUAUGACCUUAGCUACUUCUACUCCUACUAACAACAACAACAAAAACAAUGGAGGUGCAGGUAAUAUUAAUCAUCAUGCUCCACAUUUUCUGGUUCAUCAGCCAAACAUUGCUAGUCCUGCUCCAACUUCUUUGCCAUAUCCACCUCCUUACUUCCACCAGGUGUUCCCAAGUGGUGAUCCAAAUGGGAUUGGUUCCAUUGGAAAUGGAGUUCCAAUUUUCAAUAACCAUUACGACUCCUAUGCAUCUUGGAACGGUGUCUUUCAACUUUUUCCUGGUUCUAUUCACUAUUUCCAUCCCUUUGCACCGACACAAUUUCAGGGUUUUGUGGAAUGCCCUAAUUGGCCAUUACAAGAGAUCACUAGUGCAAAAUGUGAAGGGACUGGAGUUUUUCUUCCUCGCUCAACAGAGCAUCAUCAUAAACCACAAAAACAAGUAGUGGUUCAGAAAUCUGAUCAUAACCAAAUUGUUGUGAAUCAUCAAGAACUUGAAGAAUCUAGUGGAGGAGAAGGAACUGGGGUUUUUCUUAAUCAACAAGUUCAUGUUAUUACUGCUCCGAAAAAGAAAAAGAGUAAGUUACAAAUUAAGCUAGCUUAGCUCUAGCUUUUGAUGAGUUGUAAAAAUUUUAACUUAUAUUUUCUUAAUUGUUAAUAAAAAAGAAGAAAACGUGAUCCUUCUUUCUUUUUCUUACUUUCCAAA